AUGUCGGAUUCGCGCGCGUCGCCCGAGCACGACGUGGACCUUGCGUCUGCGCGCCCCGACGAGCGCCGCAUGGCACUUCCGAUGCGCUCCCUGAACGCGUCCAAAGAGGCCAUGUUCGAAGCGGACACGGACGAGAUUGACGACCUGCUUGUGAUGCCCGAUCCGAGUGUCGUGCCGCCGCUUGAGCCGGCGCCGCGCCUGCCAUCGACGAUGCCGUACCUCCCUGGCGCGUCGACGUCGCGCACAUCGAUGGACCUGUUUGGCCAGAGCAUGCGCCAGAUCAGCCAGGCACUCCCGGCGUCCUGGGACCCCGAGCAGCUGCCCGAGUGGUUGCGGCGCGGCGCUGGCGUGUUUGAGGGCACGGUGAACAUGGCGAACAGCAUUCUGGGCGCCGGCAUCGUGAGUCUGCCGUACGCCAUUCGCGAGUCGGGCUUCGUGGCCGGUCUCGUGCUGCUCGCAGGCAUUGCGCUGCUGACCGACUGGACGAUCCGCCUGAUCGUGCUGAACGCCAAGCUCAGUGGGCGCGCCACGUACAUUGACAUCAUGGGCCACUGCUUUGGGCAGCAUGGGCGCAUGGCCGUGUCGAUCUUCCAGUUCGUCUUUGCGUUUGGCGGCAUGUGCGCCUUCUGCGUCGUGGUCGGCGAUACGAUCCCGAACGUCAUUUCGAGCGUGUUUCCCAUACUGCGCGAUACGAUACUGAGCAACCGGCACUUUCCGCUCUCGCUGUACCGCAACAUCGAGAACCUGAGCAAGGCCAGCGCCGUCGCGCUUCUCUCGAUGGUCUUUAUCAUUCUCGCCGUCGUCGUGCGCGGCCCCGCGAUGCCCGCCGAGCUCAAGGGCGACCCGAGUCUGCGCUUCACCCUCGUGCACCCCAUGAAGCUCAUCCGCUCCAUCUCUGUGAUCAGCUUUGCGUUUGUGUGCCACCACAACUCGCUGCGUACGUUCCACACGCUGACCCAGUCAUCUAUGGCAGUCUGA